UUAUAUGAAAAUCGUAUAUAACGUAGAACCGCUGAAAAUCAGCCACAGUGGAGUAAUUGGCAAGGAAUAUCUGUAACAGCCCAAAAAGCACCAAACGGAAAAUCAUGUUGAAAAUUCCACUAUUUGUACUGGUCACGAUUGUGGCGACCCUCAACCUUUCCCUAGCACAGAGUGAAAACGAUUCCAGCUCCAGUGGCCAGCAUAGUUUCUUCGGCAUACCUAUUCCACAUUUCCCAAUACCCUCGUUCCAAUUCCCAGGUAUCAGAGAACAAGAAGCUGCUGAUUCAUCUGCUGACCAAGCUUCCUCAGAACAACAUGAAGAAGAUCAUCAGGACAGAUUUUUCUUCCACCUUUUCCGCCCGGCUUCAACAUUAGUAUCUUGUAACUAUACCACGCAGGGCGGCGCCAGCUGCACCAGCUGCACCACCGCGUUGACCUGCGGCUCCGCCAACGUCGGCCGUCUUCAGGCCUGCCGCGGCUUCUUUCCCUACUGCAAUCUCGGCCGGUGCUCUUUCUUCCCUGGAGAACUUUGUACCAACUCUACUGGUUAAACGAGAAACAUGUAUUCGUCUUCACAAUCGAUGAAAAUUUAAAGAAGAAUAGUUAUUUAUUUAAUCGUAUGGCAUAUAUUUUAAACAGAAUACAGACAGCUAUAGAUGUAGAUUCAGGGCAGUCAGCCACUUGAUGGCCUCGUCGCUAAGGGUGAUCAGGUCUUCAGGAUAGUGAGUUAUCGUAAUAAAUUGGCGAAAUAAUUA